AUGACUUGGCUCCAGUCGGAACCGGGUCGCCUCCGAGCAAAAGCGCGAGAAGAGACGGAAGCUGAGAUUAAAACCAUGGAGACGUGGCGAGGACGUCCGCAUGAAAUUCAAGAGCCGAGCCUGAAGACCCGAUACAUUCGGGACCCGGUUUUGGAAGGCCUGCCAUUGGGGAACUUCAAUGCCCUAGAGGAGCGGAGCGAGGUAUCUGGCAGCCGUGCUGAAGAGCCUGAGGUGGAGGAGGACCCGGAUAUGGAGGACUUCGCCUUCUUUGCGGGUCUCACGGAGACGACAGGGGAGCCCGAAGCCUGUGAGUUGGAGGUGCCGCCCACAGCGUCUUCUUCCUCGAGAGCCUCGGCACCUUUGGCCUUUGCCAACGCGGCGAAGGAGAAACGGCAGGAGGAGGAGGAGCUUCGGCAAGAGGAGGAGAGGAAGCGCCAAGAGGAAGAGGAGAGAAGAGAGGAGAAGAGGCGGAAGAUUGAGGAAGAGAGGAGAAGAAAGGAGGAAGAGGAGGCCCGGGAGCGCGAAAAGAAGCGCCGGGAAGAGGCCAUCCGACAGGCCGAGGAGGAGCGUGAGCGCCGUGCUCAGCGGAGAAAGAUGGAGGAGGAGGAGAAGAAACGCACCGAAGCCUCGAGAAUCGAGACGGUCAAGAAGCGCGCUGAAGAGAUUGAACGACGGCGACAGGCGGAGGAGGAGUUCCUGGCCAACGCCGAAGCCCAAAAGAAGGCCCAGGCCAAGAUGGAAGUGAAAGUGCCCAGCAGCCUGCCAGUGGCCGAAGGCUCCCUGUCGGCGCUCCUGCGCACUGGCGCGCCGGACCUGCGCCGCCCCGCCGAGCCGGCGGAACCGCCGCGGGCGCCGGUGCUGGAACGGCACUCGCGGAGCCCACGCAGGAGCGAGCGACGACUCGACCGAGUGGACGCCAAGGGUUGGGGAUUUGAAUUGGUGGAGACGGACAG